AAAAAGAAUCUCGCGCCGUAGUCUUUUCCAAGAAUCGCCGAUCUGUUCUUUUCACCGGAGUCCACGUCGAGAUCCAGCCGAAAGCGAUCCUUUUGCACGCUUCGCAUUGACUCAAUACUCUUACCACCACGAGAGAGAGCGCGAGCGGAGUCCGCGGAUCUUGCGAUUCAUUUCGUGUAUUUGGGUUUUAGUUUUCCUUCUCGGUGGAUUCUUAUCGCCGUUAACACCCGCCUUUGUGUUUCGCUCCCGAUCCCAAUUGCAAGAAGAACAGGUUCCAUUUGGAGUGAGGAUUCCCGGUUUCCUAUUCGAUUCCAUCGGUGUGGGGAAUCUUGUGAUCUGUCUUACUGAUCUAGAUUUGGAGACCGGCGGCGACGAAGGAUCGCCCUCUCCUCGCCGCAAGAGGGAGAAUUUGAUGUGGAAUCGAUGACUUCUUCUUGAGAGUAGGUACUCUGUGAAUGUGAACAAGUGAAGAUCGUUAACCUGUCGUCUCUUUCUUUUUAGCUGUCUUUAAAGAAGUACUGUUUUUCCUUAUUUUACUAAUGGCGUCUUAAAGUUGUUGAUUUGUUGAUGUACUUGGCGAGGCGAUUAGGUUCUCCUACCUCAACUUGCAUUUUCUUCUGUUUUUUCCAAGUUACCUAGUUUUAAAGCUACAGAAUGAAUCAGUCCACAGUUUCAUGAUUUCAUCCGCUCAAUUAGAAACGAGUAGGGGUUGAUGAGAGUUGCAAUAGUUCUGAUGAAUUGCAAGUUUGUCGGCAACAAUAAUGGAGGCGUAGGCUCCUGGUGAUCUAUAAAGAUCUAUAUUUGCAUAAUUAACGCCACGACCAUCUCUUCAGAAGGGUAAGGUCAACCAGAGUCCCGCCUCUGCUGCCCGAAAAUGACUGGUCUUGAAGGGCUGCACGCUUGGGAGGAGAGAAAAGGAAAGAGAUCAGAUGUGGAGAGUUCGGAAGAUGAAAGAAGAAGAUUGACCAUCGGGUCUCUAAAGAAAAAGGCAUUAAAUGCUUCUUCACGAUUCACCCACUCUCUCAGGAAACGAGGGAAGAGGAGAAGUGUCCAUAGGACUUCUUCAGUGUCAAUUGAGGAUGUCAGGGAUGUGGAAGAGGAACGGGCAGUCUAUGCAUUCCGUAAGGAGCUAAUUUCCAGGGACUUAUUGCCUGAUAAACACGAUGACUAUCAUAUGAUGCUCAGAUUUUUGAAAGCGAGAAAAUUUGAGCAUGAGAAAGCAGUUCAAAUGUGGGCUGAUAUGCUUCAUUGGAGAAAAGAAUUUGGAACAGACACAAUUUUGGAGGAUUUUAACUUUGUGGAGCUGGAAGAAGUUUUACAGCAUUAUCCUCAGGGCUACCAUGGAGUUGAUAAAGAGGGAAGACCUGUUUACAUUGAGAGGCUUGGGAAAGUAGAGCCGAAUAAGCUUAUGCACAUCACUACAGUAGAACGGUACAUAAAAUUUCAUAUCCAGGAGUUUGAGAAAGCUCUACAUGAAAAGUUUCCGGCUUGUUCGAUUGCAGCAAAAAGGCACAUUGACUCAACCACGACUAUUUUGGAUGUGCAUGGGGUGGGUUUGAAGAAUUUCGGCAAAACAGCAAGAGACCUCUUGCUUAAAAUGCAAAAAAUUGAUGGAGAUUACUACCCUGAGACUCUACAUCAGAUGUUUAUUGUCAAUGCUGGUCAUGGCUUUAGGCUUCUCUGGAACACUGUAAAGGGUUUUCUUGACCCAAAAACAACAGCAAAGAUACAUGUAUUGGGAACAAAAUAUCAGAGUGCAUUACUUGAAAUCAUUGACUCAAGCCAACUUCCAGAUUUUUUAGGUGGUACAUGUACAUGCUCUGUUGAAGGUGGGUGUUUGAAGUCUAAUAAAGGACCAUGGAAUGAUCCUAACAUUAUGAAGCUUGCAUAUAAUGCUGAAGCAGAUUCACUAAGGCAUACUAGACGAAUGUCAGGUGGAGAUGAAGCUUUUGUAGGGUCAUAUUUUUUGAAGGGAAGAAGUAGCGAUACAUGGACACUUGAAUCUGGAUCAGAUGUUGAUGAUCUUGUUUUCAAACCUGUUGAGCAUAGCCGUUUAGCUCCAGUACGUGAAGAAAUCAGAGCAAGAGAUUCAACAGCUUACUAUAGUUGUGAUGAACACUUUGUUGUGGUCGACAAGGCUAUGGAUUGUGUUAGAAGAGGAGAACAAUCUUAUGAAAAGACAAAAGAUAUAAAAUACGAGGAACAGAGAUCGUAUGGCUUUUCAACAUCGAAUCAACAUGAUAGUUUGACCAUGGCAAGUCACCCUGUCACCAAGGAGGAUACAGGAGAAGGGAUUUUUCAAUUGUUUGCAAGAGUAUUAAUAGCUUCCUUAGUCAAAAUUCUAUUAUUCUUUCACGUUGAUGGUUUUAGAAAGAGAAAAUUGAGCAACAUCCGUACUUCAGACACUCAGAAUUUGGCUGUCCAGCACAGUUCAACAGUGAAAAACCUUGAAGAUCAUUUGGGUCCUUGUUUGGAGCGGAUUAAAAGGCUAGAAAUGACGUUUGAUGAGCUCACCAAGAAGCCUGCUGAGAUUCCUUCGGAGAAAGAGCAUAUGCUACUUGAAUCUUGGGAUCGAAUAAAGCAUGUUGAGUUUGAUCUAGAAAAGACCAAAAGGGUAUUGCAUGCCACGGUCAUGAAGCAACUGGAAUUUGCCGAGUCGUUAGAUGCAUUGCAGGACUUGAAACUUGAGAAGAGAAUGUUUUGUUGAGCCUCGGUGCCGGAGACGACUGCGGCGAGGGGACUACAUGCCGAUGGCAUUGUUUUUGGUUGCACGACGUAAGCAAAAUUGUUCCCUGUUGCGGUAAGAAGUGGAACUUCCUCUGUGGGCAAGAAGUUUUGUCUCUGCAAUGCAUGUAUAGGUACCCUACUUUGUUUCGUUGGUUCGGUCGAAAGCGAAAGAAGUUUACUGUCGCUGAUGAAUUGAGUGGACAAUGACACGAAUCAAGUUUUGUCUCUGUGAUGCAUGUAUAGGUCGGUACGCUCGUGCACCGGUGCCUUGUAUUCUGUACGCGUAUGCCUUGAGACUUCCUGUGCACCUUAGUGAUACGUGUGAUGGACCAAUUGUACUUCUUUCUA